UAGAGCAAGGAGCUCCCUUCAAACUAGGGACAGAAUGAGCUUUUACAUUAAAUUCAAGGACCUCCUUAACCUCGCUUUAGGCACCCCAGACCCAGGGGUGGUGAAUUUCAAUGCCCUGCACAUCUUGCUGAAUAGCAUCAUAGAACACCUCCACCUGGAAGAGCAGCUGAAGGUGCUUCCAGGAAAUGAGAAGGACUAUCGUCCACCUGACCCCUUACAGGUUCCAUCUAGGGAGAAGACAGAGGUGAAUGAAGAGGAUCUGUUGUGCCGUAUAACAUCCAACAACAUCAUCGGCACCCUUGAACAGAGGCUCUCUGUACUGGAAAGUCAGGUGGCAUUUCUGAAGACGCUGCCCUCCACCGACCAGCUACUGGAAAGCAGUCAGACCUUCAGAAAACCAGCCCAAGAAAUGUGGCAGAUGCUGAAGCUCAAAAAACAGGUAGAAGGGAAUGAAGAAGGAAUGACAAAGGCCAUGCAGACACUACAGGAUUUGCUCAGCACUAUUUCUAGCCUUCAGUCAGAUACAGGCUACUUCAAGAUGGAGCUGGAUCAACUGAAGGAAAAGGUUGACAAGAUCAGCCUAGAUGAAGUAAAUCAACACUCCCAAGAAUUGAAAGAUCAACAGGAACAGGUGAAAAGUCUUCAGCUCGACAUGGAAGAUGUCAAGAAUAAGCUUUGCUCCUUCCCUGAUGGAAGUGAUAUCAUGCAGUGGACCGCCUUACACGAUGCCAUGUAUUCUCAUGAAGAUGACCAAAAUAACCUGAGCCCCUCCCCUGAUCAAAGUGAUAUCGUGCAGCAGACCACCUCACAGGAUGCCAUGUAUUCUCAUGUUGACACCAAAGAGACUCCUGAAAAGGCAGAGGGUGAGACCUCUGCAGUUACCCCUGAAGUUACCUCUGAAGAAACUCCUAAACCUCCUAAAACUCCUAAAACCCCAGAGACCAGAAUGCCAUCUGUCAAGACUGUCCAACCAAGAUCAGGUACUACAACCCAAAAAUCAGAUCCCAAGGCAUCCCCCCUUGGUAAGGCCCUUGUUGCCAUGGGCAUCACUGUUGGUCCAGAAACUCUUACUUCCAUGGGCAUCGCCAUUGAUCCUGGCAUCCUCUCUGCCAUGGGCAUCACCACUGAUCCACAAACCCUUGCUGCUAUGGGCAUCAAUCCUGUCUUAGGUGCUGGCUUGGGGACGGCUAGAAAGCCAGGUGUUACCACUGGACCAUUUUCAUUCACUGGCCCAACAACAUCCACUGGCCCAUCAGCAUCUACUGCAGAACCACAGGGCAUUCCCCCAGGAGUCACUUGGAAUGCCUCGUCUUUCCUUGAUGCUUUGGGUGUCACCCCCAAUGAAACCACCCUUCGUGCCAUGGGCAUUGAUACUAAUGCAGACAGCCUCAGUAAUUUGGGCUCCAUGGUUGAUCCAGCCACCCUUGUUGCACUAGCAAUCCUCACUGGCAAAGAGUUGCCCCCUCACCUCUAUUCUUCAGCUCCACUUCCAACUUUGCCAGAGGUCCCAGACACCACUACUGAAUCAAAACCCGCUGUUGUUCCGGAGUUCUUCACCAGUCCAGAUACCACAGCUGGUGAGGGCACUUCAGCAGCAGUAACCUCUCAGGCGUCCGAAGGAAUUUUACCCUCAACCAGGUCCCUUAAGCAGCUGCCGACAGGUCCAUCUUUAAGUGCGGAGGGAAAAAGACUAACUGCAAAGAGGUCUGUGGGAAGCUUGAUCAAUUUACCAAUAGAGUAUGAUAGCCUAAAGGAACAGUUAGCCAAGUUGGAAGAUAAGGUACAGCAGCAGGCUAACAGUCUAGCAAAUCUUCAAUUUCUAAGUUCUCUUGGGCUCACACCCAAGCUAGAGACUGAGAUGAGCACCCUGCAGGACAAGAUAACCAUUCUCCAGGAAACAGGACAAAAGAAUAAGACUUAUGAGCAGCAUUUGGAAAAGGUGCAGCAACACUGUAACCUGUUGGAAAAGGUCACCGAAACUCUGCAGGAUAAAAUGGAGGACAUCAAGGGCCUCAAAAUAGUGGUGAAACAACUAGAAAUGAGAAAAGUGGAUAAAGCUCGGAUGGAAGAAGAAAUGAAAGAGAAAGCAGAUAAGAGUGCCCUGGCCUUCAAAGCAAGCCGGGCUGACCUGGAGUUUGCCACAGUUCAGUUAAAUGAUAUGAUGCAUGACAUGCUGCAGAAGAUGUCUGUCCAUAAACAGGACUGGCAGAAGGUGCUGGCGAAGCUUUUCCUUGAUGUGGACUCUAAGCUGGACCACAUGGACCUAGAUCCUGUGAAGAGACAGAUGGAGUAUAUCUGGAAAUUUGUAAAAAAGAACCUGAGUGAAGGCCCUCGCUUUGACGCAGACAGUGCUGCUGGCUUUAAGAAGCAACUCUUUGAACGGGUGAAAUGCAUCUCUUGUGACCGGCCUGUGGAUAUGAUGACAAGCCCACAAUUAAUUAGUAUCCAGAAAGCAAACUUGUGUCCCCGUGCCCGGCCAAUCAGUGCAAACAGUUAUGAAUAUCUACAACGGCUGAAAUUAAGGUUACACCACCAUUCCUCAGUCUCAUGUUCUGAGCCUGCCUGGGAAUUAUUCUCUUUUGGAGCCUCCUUCUCCCUCAUCUCUCAUAUCCAGUCCUUUACAGAUCCUGUGGAUGCCACCUCCACCAUAUCACUUAUAAAUAAACGUCCCCUUCUCUUUAUUCCCACUGCCACCAUCCUACCUCAGACUCUCAUUAGAAUUGUAGACUUCAAGAUGGACGGGAACUUGGAAGCCACCUACAGCCUACCUUUCCAGUCUUAUUUCAUCUUACUGCUCCUCACACACUCUGUAAUGAUGUUACUAAUUUCCAUGGCUCUACCAGCCCUUCCCAUGCCAGGCCUCCUGAUGCGUCAGGACCCAAUGUGGCCUCCUGAGGCUCAGUCUGAGCUGGGAAGGAGGCUGGCCCCCUCCUUAUGUUGGCCAUCUUUUCCCAGGGAGCAGCAGCGACUGCAACAGCAACAACCAACACAGGAAACGACCAACUUCCCUGAACAAGCCAACAUGCCCGCAGGUGGCCACCCAUUUUGGGAUAACAGUUCAAGCCUGAGGCGGGUCAUGAAGAUACCAAACCUCACCACCCUUUACCCAUAUGGGGAUCCGUCUGUGUUUCCUGCUGAGAAUAGUGAAGUGAACAUUCUGGGAGUUGAUGGGGUCAUGUACAAAGGCAGAAUGGCCUCUCGUGGUGCUCCACGACCCGUUAUUGCUGAGAAGGACCUGACAGGAUUGAAGACCCCAAGGCCCCCAUCAUCCCGCAGUGGAUGUGAGCGAGUACGCUCCAGUAUCUCUAAUACACUCUACCCUGCCUCACGCUCCAGAACCAGCAUGACAGCCCAGGUCCUGCAGCAGUUCGCUUUGCAGCCUUUGCUGCCUUCAGGAAUUCUUCAGCACUCUUCCGCUACCAGAUCAGCUACUAGUGGUGGCCCAAUCAGCGUCAAGCCCAACUCCGCUUCUUUGCCCUUGAGACGCCUCAAUCCCACUUCAUCAGAAGAGGGACCCAGCAUCCAAGAACCUUUUCCUUCUUACCAAGUUUAGUUUCCUGUCUAAAUUGCCUUGGAAGCCAGUGACUCCUGGAUUCCUGGUCCCUCCUCCCCUUGCUCCUACCACAG